CGUUUGGGUCGCCCCACAAUUUACACUGAGCCAAAUGAAGCGCGGUAGUAUCUGCAACCAGGAGGUGACGGACGCGCAAGGCCGUCGACGCUUCCACGGAGCCUUCACCGGAGGAUUCUCAGCUGGUUACUACAAUUCCGUGGGGAGUGAGGAAGGAUGGACUCCAAGAACCUUCUCGUCCUCUCGUAGCAGUCGCUCGUCGCGCGUGGAACAGCGUCCUGAGGAUUUUAUGGACGAGGAAGACGAUCCUCUUUUGGGUAAACGACUGGAGACUACAGAGCGUUAUGAUACGCUGCAAACAGGAGCUAAGCGACAACUACAGCAGCAACCUGACCGAACUGAAGCCUCUAUUCCUGGGUUCUCGUUGCCUGAAGACUGGGUCUUGCCCGUGAACGACUCCAUUGGAGCCAAGCUGCUUAAGCAGAUGGGCUGGAAAGAAGGCCACGGCAUCGGACAACGAGUCCGGAGACGCAAGUACCAAGACGAAAAGGAUACAGAGCAGCCAAAGCUUUUAACGCAAGAUGCUAGAGAGGAUAAAACAAAGACGGAGCCACAGGAUGAAGAGGAGGUGUAUGUGCCGCCGCGAAAGGUGUUUGAUGUACAGAAGGCCUUUCCAAAGCCUAAAUUGGAUCGAUAUGGAGCAGGUUUUGACCCGUAUAGUGAUGCCCCGGAGUUCUCAAUGUACAAACAGCAACAAGAGAGGAAGCAGAAGGAAGGGUCUCAUCGUCAGGUGGUAUCGUUUUUGGACGCGUUAAAAUCUACAGACGGCAGUAAUCGUGCGACGACUGGAUAUGGACUGAGUGCGUUGGAAGAAAACGACGAUAUUGACGUAUACGGGACUGUCUCGAUGGCUGAGUUUGAUCGGGUAAUUGCCCCACUUGGAACACGGAAGGAUGUCAAACGACUGGAUUCGUCGGCACAAGAAUCUCGUAGAUAUGAGAAGUUAGGCCACAGCAGAGCGUUAUGCUCGGACGGACGUCCUGUGCUGCCUGGCUUCGAACUGACGGCUUCCAAGGAGAAACCACCAAAAGCUGUGAAUGUGCACCUUACUGUACCGUCAGACUUCAAGGCUUAUCACCGCUUUGAAGACGAUGAAGACCAGAGUGAUACCGUGACGGCUCUGUAUCGCAAGUAUAAUUUUUCGACAGACAAUAUGGGCAAUAGAAUGGUGACAGCGAGACAACGAGCCGCUCUGCUUGAAGAUGAUAAGAAGGAUACACAUGGUGAUACUGCUGGUGCUGGUGAAGUGAAGAGCUCAACCAGAAGUGUAUUUGAUUUGCUGGGUGACGAGCAAAAAGCGAAGCUGUUCGAUGCUGCCGCACAAGCAAAACAAGGCGUGCCUUUGUCAAGUGCGAAGCGCGCUACUACUGAUGUGUCAGCAGCGCCAAGAGUUCGACAGCCUCUAGUGAGUGGCAGUACAGGUGACCAGUUUCGCGCUACUAUCUCUGCAUCCAUUGCAAAGAGGUUCGUGUCAUCAAAAUCGACGGUGGACGAGGAAAUAAGUGACUCUGUCAGUGUUGAAGAACCGCAAACAAAGAAAUCUCGUCGAUCGCAGAGUUUGUGGAUACCCAAGUCACUUCUCUGCAAACGUUUCCAUGUUAAAUGUGCUGGGCCCACUGGAUCUAGCGGAAAAGAUGACGAACACGACAAGAAGCGAGAUUUAUUUGACAAAGAACUGGUUCCACAUUUGAUGGAUUUUGCAGCUGAUCGAGCUGCCAAUAGGCAGUCAGAGAUUAAUGCAUUUGAAGGAUCGAAGUUCGCCAAAGCUGUCGAGUCCAAUCCCGGUGAGGAUAGAGGGUUGCCUCCAUUGCCUGCAGUUGAAAAGGCAUCGACAGAUCUGCUCAAAUCCAUUUUUGAGCCGUCUGACGAGUCCGAAGUUAGUGAAGACGAGAGCGAAGACGAGAGCGACGAUGAAGGCAACGAUGAAGAACGCAACAAGGCACAAGGUGAAGCGAAGCAACAUGAAAAUUCAUCUAGAUCACCUCUGAAAACAUCAUUAUUGGUGCGUGACGCAGCGAAUGCUAAAUUAGGUCGAUGCCAACUGAGCUCAGAGGAAUCGAAUUCAUCGGAUGAAGACGAUGCUAAUCCUUCCGCUGGCGCUUCUGGAAGUGGGAAUGAUGAGGAUAUGCGAGGUAGGAAGAGAUCCCCUAGUGUUGACGACGUCUCCGGUCGAGACGCUAAGCGACGCAGAAAGGAAGAGAAGAAGAAGCGGAAGAAACACAAGAAGCAUCACAAACACCGUUCGUCUCGAGACGACAAGGAAAAGAGAAAGAAGUACAAAAAGGACCGGAAGGAGCGAAGGUCUGAUAAACAUCACUCGUCGAGACACUCAAGGCGAAGUCGGAGUGCGGAACACGAUUCUCGUCGCGAUCGUAGCUCUAGCAGACGGCGUUAAGCUCCUCUGGUAGCAAAAACGCAACAAGAAUGAUGAUGCCUCACACAUUGUUAUGAGUAAAUGGUUAAUCAUCGCGUUCAUCGGAGUGAUUUUUCUCUUUAACAUUUGAUGGAUUAUUGUAUCAUUGUACCCAAGUGUCCUUCCACAUCUGCCACAACGUGAAGUUACCGGUUAAAGGGAUUAACCUCUUCCGAGACUUCACGCACUACUUUUACCCACACUUAGUGCUGGAGAUACUCUUUCAGCGUUAGGUAAGUGCCUCGAUCUUAUUGCAGUGAUUGAUACGACGAUCCAAUUCGUGAAGACAAAGAUUAUUACACUCGACAGCCC